AUCCCCUAGAAAAAUGGCUUCGGGUACAAUGUUCGAUGUUUCCAAAACAAAAUUUCCAAUUUCUUAGUUCAUUUUGAUGCCAGAAUUUGGUCUUUUGUGUCGCCUCAUUGCAGAAAUAAGGCAUUAAUAACAUUGGCAGAUUUUAAGGCAUUUCGACUGGCAAUAUGGAUCUAGAUGAUCGUGGACAAACUCUGCACUUGUCUGUGUCAAACAUCCCAACAGAAGCUACACGUGGAGAACUGUUUUCUUAUUUUACUGAGGAACUUGGAUACCCAGUUAAACAUGUGCUGUAUCCCAUUGAGCCAGGAGAAGCAGUCGUCAUACUUGAUUGUUCUUUUCAAGAUCUGCAAAUAGAGAGCAUCAUUGAAGCAGGAGCACAAUUGAAGGGACAUAAAUUAAUUUUGAGUAAAACCCCUCAGGUGUUCCAUAAUUUGUUUGUCACCAUUGACUUCCAAAUGCAUGAACUGAUGACAGAAGAGUUUUUGCAGGAGUUAAAAGCAGAAACAGGAGUCACAGUAACCUACAGUGAAACUGAUGAUCAGUUUAGAAUCCUUACAACUUGGCCACAAAUCCAAAUGGUUUACAACAUGUUGGCACAGCUCUCCAAACAGAAAGUCGGUCAAGAAUCACAUGUAUCAGCUUCACAAAUAAAGCGCAGGAGACCACAUUCAAGUGGCUCCAUGCACAGACAUAGGGCCACCUCAGAGCCUUCAGCAGGAGAGCGUCUUUCUACACACCAUUGCACAGUUAGUUCCAUAAAUUUGAAUACAAGACUUCAGGCUGAAGGCAGAAGUUACACCAGCAAGCCAGCAUCAAGAACCCCUGGAAACAAAUCCACAACAGUUCCUACAAGGCAAUAUGUCCAGUCUCCAGGAAGAAAGAGCCAGUUGAAAACAACUGAUACCGGAGCAGUUACCAGAUCUUUAUCACUGGGAGAAGUACCAGUCAGCAGCCACAUCUUCAAAGAGACUGGCAGAGAUGUUAUACAUCCUAUAGGGGAACAUCCACCUCUGAGCAUUUCCAAGGUUCCAUUAACACUUAGAGGUAGAAGUCAUUCUUUAGGUUCCCCUAGAGAUGCUAAGAGUAACACUGAUCCACUUCUUCCAGAGAGUCCAAGGCUGUACUUAAAGGAAUGGAAGCCAGAUCCCAAAGUUUCACAGUGGUUGUCUACAAACAGAAAUAAACAUUCAGCUCCCCCAUCACAAUCACAUAAAAUUACCACUGGACGCUUUCAUCAUGUAAAGUCAAGAAUUCCUGUAGAUGAAGAAAGAGAGUCAAUACGAUCAGUUCCUAUGGAUUUUAAAUACCAGAGUAAUGCAAGCGACUUUGGUACAGCACAAGGUGAUGUCAAAGGAAGAAAGAACAGAGAAACUCUACAGAAGAGUUUGUUUCAGCCUUCCGAUCACGAGAGCCAGUCAUCAUCCACUCGCCAUUCAGAGGCAUCUCAGAUAGAAAAUCAAAGCAACAGACACCCAGGCUAUGGGGUUGAUUAUGCCACACAUGUGACAAUUUUAUCAGACCAGUUUUCAAGUCUGCCAUCGGACUUCACACAAAGAUUUGACAUGGAGGUCACUUCAAUAGUAUCUGAUCAAAUGUCAAGCAACACUGACAAUACAAGAGAAAGCAGCCCAAUAGAGUCUAGUGAUGAAAGCACAAUCCACACCGUUUCAACCAUUGAGGACAUGUCUGCAGGCCCGACUCCAAGUGAUGGGAAUAGAGAAAAAGAAAGCCCAUUGUUUGUGGAGAAGAUCACUACAUCAGAAUUUGAAAUUAAUUCAAGCUCGGAACCCUCUGAAGCCCAGACACAUAACAAAGAAACUUCUCAAAGAAGAGAUCAGCAGUUACCAAAAUCAUGUUUCAAAACAGAGGGCGAACCUUCAUUGUCUUCAGUCAAAGAAAGACCUCAGAUGUCACGAAGGAUAGCAGCUACAUUUGGUCAGCAACAAGGCACUGCACAAGUCAAUCGAGCAACCAUGAAAAACACAAGUAUGGAAACAGUACCAGGGCAGAAAGAUACACCAAAAACAAAAUCCCAAGAAACAAAUCAAAAUACUUUGAGAAAAGAAAUGGUUGUACAUAGAAAUAAACAAGAGUCACAGGAGUUUGACAUACCCAACAUUGAAGGCGUGGAGCCCGUCAUGAUGGAGAGAGAUUUGUGGGAUUUUGUACAGUAUUUGCAUUCGGAAAAACUUGACCAAAUAAAAAAUGCAAAUGAUGUUGAAUUUGAUAUUGAGGAUGUUGCUGAAUUCCUCCAGUUUAGAGUGGUUCCAAACCAGAGCAGUACGACCAGAAAAGCACAGAGGGCCAUGGAGGAGAUAUCUUGUCUCUACCAGAAGUGUUUUUCUAUUUGUGUGAAAGAAGAAAUAGAAAUCCCUAAGACAGUUGAUGGCAAGAAGUUAAAGAAAACUGUGGAGGAUCUCAGAAUGAAGUAUCCUAAAACAUUAAUCAAAGAGAUCAAUGGAGGGCUGCAUAUUGUUGGUGGCAGAAGUGAUGUCUUUCUGGCAAAGCACAGACUGUAUGAAGCAGUUGGAAUGAAAGCUGGCAGGCACAGAGAUCCCAUGCCACAACGGCUGUCACAAGAAAGAAAUGAAACUGAGCAUGGUGAUGGCCGAGCAUCUGAGAAGAAUCGUGGACACACUAGCAACCAAGAGGUUGAUGGAGCUGCAAUAACCCAUGAAGCUGAUCAGUUAGACACCGAUCUUUCUAUGAGGGAAGAGAUGACUGGAGUUCCCAAAGCUCCCAAAGAACAUUACAUUACUUACCAGGGGCUUCAUCUUCUGGUGUAUGAGGGAGAUAUCAUUCAGGAAUGUGUUUCUGUCAUUGUAAGUGCUGGUAAUUCUCAGCUCAUGAAUGGUGGUGGAGUAGCUGGGGCCAUAUCUAGAGCAGCAGGUCCAGGCUUGGAGAUGGAAUGUUCAGAGUUCAUAGAAGAGUAUGGUAGUUUGCCCAUGGGGCAUGUCAUGCACACCACUGCUGGUGGCACGUUAAAGUGUGACUUUGUCAUUCAUGCUGUAGGGCCAGUAUGGGAUAUAAAUCACGAGCAGGAGUGUGAAGACGACCUGAUGAUGACCUUUUUAAAGUGUUUCAGAUAUGCAUCGGAGAAGUUGAAAGCAAAAACCAUGGCAACACCUCUUAUUAGCUCUGGUAUCUUUGGAAUGCCAUUGGACAUCUGUACACGAGCCUUGAUGCAUGCUAUUGACACCUACAGCAGACAGUAUGGACUUGAAGGACCUCUGACAGAGAUACAUGUAGUCAACCUAGACACUGAAGGAACACUUUCCAUUCAGAACACAUUUUCUCAGUACUUUAAUAAUAUCCGUGAUGUGUCACAAAAUAUGAUUGAUAACUAUCCUAAAGAAGGGUCAUCAGUUGACCCUUGCAUUGAACCCAAACCAGAAUAUAAGGGUGGGCAAAAUGUGAGAGGUGAUGAAACUGGCCGGUCAAAAUAUGAAUUAAUAGAUGCACAGUUUGAUGCCAUGGCUCAAGAUUUGGCAUCAUCUGGGCAACUGUUGCAUUCUAAACAUCACCAGGCCUUUCAUCGGGAAUCUAAACUUGCUGGUGGGGAAAGAGCUGUGAGACGUACUGACAAAAAGAAAUCCAGCACUUGUGGCUACUGUCAUAAAGAAAUGGAUAUUGAAUUCAAAAAGGAAUGUGGACAUCAUUUAUGCCUUGGAUGUUACAACACAUUUUCAUCUCAUGUGGGAUGUCCAGUCUGUGUUAAACAUUAAAAUAUUCUUAUUAAAAGUUUAUUAUUUAUUUAUUUAUUUAUUUAUUUAUUUAUUUAUUUUUGGUGAUACUAUAUGCCUUCUCUAGGAAAGACAUUGCAAAAGUAGAUAAUUUUUUAUCUAUAUAAUAUAUUCAU